AGCAGACUAGGUUGCGCUGUAAACUAAGCGAUUGAAGAAUCUUCCACUUUUUGAGUUCCAAUUUAUUAUGCUACCAAAUGCACCCUGCACUUUACAGAUAAUCAGGAAAUAUUUUACCACUCCCUAAACUGGAGGACUUCAGAGCAGUCUGGCAAACACACAUACUGAAAAAUGGCCGCAUCUGUAGGAGAAAGCCAGCUACAAAGAGUUAUCAGAGAUCUUCAUGAUGCAAUUGCAGAGCUCUGUAAGGAGUAUACAGAAAACGGAGAACCAAUCACCGAUGACAGCACCAGUCUUCACAAAUUUUCAUACAAACUGGAAUAUUUGUUGCAGUUCGAUCAGAAAGAAAAGACUACAUUUCUUGGAACCAGGAAGGAUUACUGGGAUUAUUUUUAUGACUGUCUGGCUAGGACAAAAGGUGCUAAUGAUGGAAUCCGCUUUGUAAAGUCUAUCCCUGAGAUUAAAACUUCUCUUGGUAAAGGAAGAGCCUUUAUUCGAUAUUCACUAGUCCAUCAGAGAUUGGCAGACACACUUCAGCAAUGUUUUAUGAAUGCUAAAGUGACAAGUGAUUGGUAUUAUGCAAGAAGUCCAUUUCUGAAACCAAACCUUCACUCGGAUGUUGUAAACCACCUGUAUGAACUAAAUGAAGUUCGCUUUGAUGUUUCUUCAAGAGGAUAUGACCUUGAUGCUGCAUGGCCCACAUUUGCAAGAAGAACAGUAGGAUCAUCAAAUUCUCCUGCUCAUCUUUGGAAACCUCCUAGCCGCAGCUCCAGUAUUAACAGUCUGUCUAGCAGCUAUUCACAGGCUAAUGAAUUUCCUUCAAGUCCUGAUUUCAACAACAGUUUAUUGAGCGAGCCAGUAAGUGUGAUUGAUGAAUUACGACUUGAGCUUGAUCAGUCUGAACUGAAGCAACAGAAGCUUCAAGAUCUGGUUCAUCAACUACAACUGGAGAAAAAGGAAUUGGAAGAAAUUGGCAAACACAAAGACAAUACUGCAAAUAUUGAAGAUAUAAAGAUUUCUACUGCAUUACAAGAGAACUCAAAAUUAAAGAAACUGGUUGAAGAUCUUAAAAAACAGCUCAGUGAUAUGCAGGAAUGCAGCAAGAUGAACUCACGUGAAAAACAGUACCAAGAAACUAUUACACACCUUGAAAUAAAUAAUCAGGAACUUUUGAACAAGUCAAAAACAAUAAACCAAGAGCUAGAAUAUUUUAAAAAUUCUCAGACACUAAAGGAUAAUUUAAAUGCUGAUCUGGAGACUAAGCUCUGUAGAGCAGAACAAAAAAACUUAGAACUUCUGGAUAAACUAGAGUCAUUCCUAAAUCAGAAAGGGCAGGAAGCAUCUAGCCAGUUUGACACUGCACAGAAGAUCCAUGAACUUCUAACUGAUCUCAAUGAAACUGAGAAAGAAAAGACUGAACUACAGAAAGAAACCAAUGAACACAGGAAUCUCAGUGAAAGACUAACUGAUGAUCUUAAGCAAAAAGAGGACAUGUUGCAAAAAACAGAAAUAAAGCUGUCCAGUCUCACAGCAGCAUUUGAAGCUCAAGAAAGGCAGUUAGCUAUGGAAAAUGAGGAUUUAAAAAAAGCUAUGGAAAAGCAUCAAGGGGCUUUAGCAGUAAAGGAAAAGGAAGCUAGCAAUUUACAAAUGCAGCUUCAGGAUUUGCAAAAGCAUGCUGAUAUGAUAGAAGGGCAGUACUAUGAUAAGGAAAAAUCACUCAAGGCAGUGUUAGAGGAGCAGAGAGAAAAAAAUGGAAAUCUGGAAGGGCAGAUAGAGACCCUCACAGAAGACCUAAAUACCAGAAGAAAAGAUUUGUGCAGUAUCACUAAAAACUGCAAGAAUGUAGAAGAGCGUAACAUGAUAUUAAAUAAUGAAAAAUCCAGUUUAACUGAACAAAUUACAAAGCUAAAACAAAGCAUUAAAGAAUGUAUGAUUAGUUUAGAGCAACAUAAAAGUGAAUGUACAAAUUUAAAAUCAGAAAAUGAAAAACUUGUGCAGGAGACAAAGAAAUUGAAGGAAUCAAAUAAGGAUCUUAAAGAGGUUAAAGCAUUACAUGAUAAUGAACUAGCAAGCUUGAGAGCAUCAGAGAAACAUUUGAGGAAACAGAUAGAUGAUGCUUUGGUUACAGUGGAUGAAAAAGAAGUGAAACUUAGAGAAGAAAAUAAAAACUUAGAUGAAAAGUAUCAGAAAGCUUUAAUGCAAAUUGAAGAGUUAAAAGAAAUGUUAAAGAAUAUGGAAAAUGAAAAUAAUGAACAAAGGAAACAGAAUAUCGAUCUAAAAGACAAUUUGUCCUUUCUUCAAAUACAGCAUGACAAUACUAAACAGCACAUUUCAGACCUAGAAAAUGAAAUUUCUGUUUUAAAAAUGAAUGAAAAUGUAUUGGAACAGAAGUUGCAGGCAAAGCUUGCUUUGUUAGAUGAAAGUGAAAAAACAAGGGAAGAGGUUUUGUGCAAAAUGGACAAACAAAGGAAGGAGUAUCAAAGAGAAAAGGAGAAUCUGGAAAGUGUUUGUCAGCAGCAGUCAAAAGUAGUUGAACAUUUAACAUCAGAGAAAGUUUCCUUAGAGAAGGAGCAACUACAACAGUCAGAAAAUCAGGCCAAGAAGGUUCAGGAUUUAGACUCACAACUGACAAUUACUCAAAGUCAGUUAGAGGUAAAUUUCAGUGAAAUAACAAGAUUGCAAACAGAUGUGAUUGAACACAGAGCAAAGCUUCAAAAAUCACUUGAAGAAAAUGCACAAGUACAAGCAAAGUUGGAUAUCACUGAAACAUCUCGGGAAGAAUUUAAAACUUUAACUGAGCAGCUGAAGAUGGAAACUGAGUCACUUACAAGAAACCAUAUCCAAGAACUAAUGGAAUACAAGGAGAAAAAUGAGAUGCUCUCAAAAGACAAGGAAGCUUUAAUUCAAGACAAAGCUGAAUUAGAAGCUAUAGGUAUAGCUCUUAAAGAGCAGAUGAAGGUGAUUAAGGAAUACUCUGAAAAGUCAGAGUUAGAAAGUACAGAGAAUAAAGAUCUGCUACACAGAGCCAAUACAGAAAUGGCUGAACUUGGUAUUCAGAUUUGCACAGUCACUUCUGAAAAAGAAGAAGCUGAGCAAAAAAUAACAAGUUUUGUUCAUCAGCUUGCGAGUCUGAAAGAAAGCACAGAUAAAGAAGUAGGAAAGUUAAAUGCCAGUUUAGCUGCUGUAACAAUGGAAAAUAAAAGUCUGAAAGAGGAGCUCAUACAAUGUGAAAAACUGGCAGCAACUACCAUGGAUUUACAGGAAAAACUGGAAAAAGCAGAAAAAAAUGUGGAAAGCAUUCAGAUAUCAAGCAGUGAGGAGAUCAUUGCUUUGAAGUUUCAAAUGAGCAGCGAGAUAAUAAAUUACCAAAAUAAAAUUAAGGAGCUAAGUGAAGAAUUAGAACAUACCAAAGAUCAUCUGAAAGAAGAGAAAAAGAAAUCCUUAAGUUUGGAUGCAGAAAUGUCAGAGUUAAAGCUGCAAAACAUGGAUGUUUCUAAUCAGCUAGAUAUCAAAAUUGAGCAGAUGAUAAAAUCUGAACAAGUGUGUCAGGAAAAUGUUGAAGAAGUCCAUUCUUUAAAAGAUAUACUGGCAAGAACACAGAAGGAGUUGGCAGAUUCACAAAAACAGAACCAAGAGUGCUAUGAUCAGCUGGAGAAAAUGUUAGCUGAAAAACAAAAUGAUGAAGUUAAACUUCUUGCAGAAAUUGAGGAUCUGAACAGAACCAAAAAAACCCUAGAGGAGCGUCUCAUUGAAUUAAUUAGAGAAAAGGAUGCCCUGUGGCAGAAAUCAGAUGCCCUGGAAUAUGAACAGAAGAUUCGUGCUGAAGAGCGAUGGCUUAUAGAUAGAGAGGUUAAUCAUUGUCUGGAUUGUCAGAGUCAGUUUACUUGGUUGCUGCGAAGACACCAUUGCAGGCUUUGUGGCCGAAUAUUUUGUUAUUACUGCAGCAACAAUUUUGUCAUGACCAAACACAGUGGAAAGAAGGAGCGCUGUUGCAGAGAGUGCUACAUUCAGCACAGUGCUGUUGUUGAAAGGCUUAACAGCCCUGAAGUAGAAAAUCAGCUUGAUUGUCUUGCUGGAUCGUCCUUACUUGAAGAUCGUAUUGUAGUUCAACACAGCCCAAGUGUUACAGUUACCGACAGGGAUGAUUCAAGACCAGAUGAUGCAACAUUUGAUAUUAUCACAGAGGAAGAGGUCAGCAUAAUUCAGAGUGAUUCUAUGUCACCAGCUUCAGAUGACAUACUGAAUGACCAGGCAGAUCUCUUUCCACAGUCAUCAAAUGAACUAAACUCAAACUCAAAUUUCACUUCUUCAAAUGAAAUAGAGGAGCAGAUAUCAACUGUACAGGAUGCAGAAGUAAAUUUGCUCAAGUCUGGAGAGUUGACGUACAAGAUCCCCAUGAAUGUUGAAGAUAUAUCACGUUUUGGAGAUGGCAACAGAGAGCUUUUUAUUAAGUCUAGCUGUUACAGCAUCAUUCCUAUUAUUGUCAAUGAAUCUGGAACCACAAUCAGCUGGGUGUUUUCAUCUGAACCAAAAAGCAUCUCCUUUAGUGUAGUCUAUCAAGAAUCUUUGGAAGCUCCUGUGGAAAAAAGUAAGGUUUUAAUCCCACUAACUCGAUGCAAUGCCCAUAAAGAAACCAUACAAGGCCAGCUAAAAGUGAGAAAUCCUGGUGCUUAUCUUCUUAUUUUUGAUAACUCAUUUUCCAGGUUUGUCUCCAAAAAGGUUUUUUACCACCUGGCGAUUGAGAAGCCUAUAAUCUAUGAUGGAAGCGAUUCUCCAUAAAGUAACACCAGUUUGUAUGCUGAUUAUUAGUUUACACUUUUUAAAGUUCUGAGUGUGUUUAGAGUGAAAGUGAAGUGCAUAAAAUAUUAUCUAUAUUUAGAGUCUAGAUUAAGUGAUAGUUUUUAAGGUUGGUGUUUAUUUAUGCAAAGCAUUUACUGUUAUGAUAUUUAGUAAUCAUUUAAACUUUUUCAAUUGAGAGUAAAAUUGUGCACCUGAGUGCUGUAAAUUUUUAAAGGUGUUUUUAAAAGUAGAUACUAACCCACACUUUAUAUAUUUAUAUAGAUUUUUUUCAACCAAAAAUAAACUGCACUUUUUAAGAAUGUAUAAAUAUGAAAACUACCAAACAUAGACAUACAAUGAAAUAUAUGUAGUAAUUUAUAAUACUUCAAAAUCUGCAUUGGGCUUAAUUAUGCUAUAGCAGACAAGAUUGUAUUUCCAUUUUGAGUUUAUCAAAAAGAGAAUACAUUUUUAGAAUCACCUUUAUUUUAUCCUUGUUCUCCUCCAAAAUUAUUCAACAGUUAUGUUGAACUGUUAGGGUCUUGCAUGAAUACUAUAAAGUCCUCCUCUCAGUUAAAAUUUUCCCAUUAGGUUAAUUUACUGAGGUUGUUAAGCAAGCCCAGACUAAUAAUAUGUGGAUUAUUUUAAGAAAAGUGUUCCUAAGUUUGAUGUUUAGAAAUAUGUUAACUUAAGUUCAAUUGCAUAACAGCUUUUCAUUAAUUUAUAUUAUAUGUUUAAAAAACAGAAUACUUAGAAGACUGCAUUCUUAUACCACUGAAUGUUGGGACACUAUUAAAAUAGACAUUUACUUUUGAAUAGUUAAGGUUAAAUAAAGUAUUUUAGUGCAAAAUCUUCAACAUAUAUGAUUAACUGAAUAAUAAAUUAUUUAUCACUCAUUUACACAUGUGCUAGAGACUAAACAAAACUGACUGCAGCAUUUUUGUCUGAAGCAACAUACAGAAAUCUUUAACUUUAUUUUUGUCCAGAGCUGAAAAUCAGACUGUUCUCUUUUUCUUCUUCCAUUUCUGGUGUAACACUAAAAACCACAUUGUCUUGGCAUUGCAUUUCCCAUUCAUCUGUUUAACUCAGUUUUGGUGCUCAGAGAGUAUCCCAGCAGCACUGGGUUCAGAACAGGGGCUAAUCACCAUGAACAUUCAUGUAUUCAGCAACACUCACUCACUAGAGAACAGGAAAACAAUUGACUUAAUAUGCUGCAGAAAAACUGAAUAAAGUUAAAAAAUACAUGCAGACACAGGGAGAAUGUGCACACUCCGGACAUACACUGACUGGGUCAGGAUUUGAAUUCAGUACCCUGUGGAUGUAAAGCAACACUGCUACCUCAGCAGCAGCCCACUGCACAAUGUUCCAUUUUCAUUUUAUUAAAAAAGUAUCCUCUAUACAAGCCAAUCAAUAAGUUCCUUUUGUAAACACAACUUUUAUCAGUUUUAAUUGAUACAAAAAUUUCAUUUUAGGCACUGCUCUGAAUGUUUUUUGUUGAUACUUCAAACAGUCCUUACUAAAUAGGCAACUUUUACAGUUUAUGAGAAAUAAACCUUUAUUGUGAAGUUAAAGAAUAGUUUUAUUUUACCACUACUGCUUGAUGCAAAUAUAGGUAACUGGAGUGGAUAUCCAAUAUCAUUUAACAUAGUUAAUUUUUAUCUAAUUGGUGAUCAUCAUAUUUUCCAGCAUCACCUUUUUAAAAAAAAUCAAAAAUCAGUGUAAGUAUAUUCCUUCAUUCAUUUAAAAAAUAAAAUGGGUGACUUAUCUCCAUUGUAAUAUGAAAUAUAAAGAAAAAGGUAAAGAAUAAUUGUACUUUGAAAAUAAAGAAAAUAUUAUGCUUGUUGAAAAACACUUCCCUGUUUUGUUUAAUUGACUUUAUAAUUUUAGAACCCCUCUAUUUGAUUUGUCUAUUGGUAUUACAUAUAAGGAGUACAGUACACCCCCAAAAUUCGCAGGGGUUACGUUCCUGGAGCACCCGCGAAUUGUGAAAAACCGCGAAUUUUGGAUGUGGUUAAAAAAUGCCUAUUUUUAUAGUUUAAACCCUAAAUAUGCCCCCAAAACACUUGAAUUUAAUUUCAAACUCAGCUUAAUACAUUACGUAAAAAUAAAGAGUGUAAAGAUAAACCUGUAUACUGUACUGCCAUGUCUCCCGCAGUGCUAGAAUGUAAAAUACAGAUGUUACCGCUAUAUGUACUGUAAUUCAUGCAAGCGCGUUUUCAUUGCCAGAAGCCUUAGACGGUGCAGCUUGUUUCGGUGGCAUCUUGGUGCUUUAACCGUUAAACUGCCACAUACUUGGGGGUUAAUGCAUCCCUGGACGCCAAAUACCUUUUUGCUGCACUUUAGGUAAAUGUCACAAUCAACAAAGAAAAAGUGAAAUUUUAAUGGAACACAUUUUUUUUCAUGCAAAGAGCAUCACAAUUACUGCAACACUGAUCAUUUUACACACUGCUAAUGAACUGUAAAAACUAUUUAAAAAAACUACUGGAACAAUAUGUACAAAGUGCAACUGACACCAUGGAUGUAAUGAUGCACUGAGCCAACUGCACUUAAACUGGCUGCACGAAAGCACACAGAGGUAAGCGGUGAUGCUUGCAGGCUAGUCUUAGUGCAGCUUGGGUCACAUAAUUGCACACAAACACAGGAGAUUGUAGAGACAGGAACUUUAUUCAAACACUUCAAACAAACAUGUCUCUUUCAGAAGUAAAAGGUGCUCAGCAUGCAAUUAGUUAACGAUUAAACAAUAGACAAAUAUCAUAGUAGCAGAGAAUGUCUGGGGGAGGAGAGAGAAACAAAGCAAUCAGCCAAAAAGGACAGGAAUGUUCAGACUUUUAAGUAAUCGUAGUGUUGUGCGAGAAGCCGCAAUCCAGAAGACGGUGAUUUAUUUAUUUUUAUGGUGGAGAUUCCAGCCUUGACCCAACGCCCACAUUCACAAACAGAGACAAAAACAAAACAAACCGGUAAUCAAACAGCAAAUAAAGAAUGUAAUGAAAACAAAUGAAAUAAGAAAACAACAAUACCACCCCUGUUCCCCUUACGGAGAUUACACAUUAAAUACAACAAAGCACAAAAAAACACACACAGUAAAUCAUGAAAAACGGCAAUGGAUGAAAUGUAAUGAUGAAAAUAGAUAGUCCAGAGAUCCGCACGUUGGAUGGGAAUGUACAGAUAGUCCUACCAGUAGUUCCUGAAAUGGUGAAGACAGGUGGACGGGUUCAGGAGCGCUCCUUUCUUUGCAGGAUGGCCAUGAAUCCACUUACAGUCCUCAUGUACACAGGCUGACAAUCCAGACGCACGAAACGAUCCAGGACAAAAUGAAUAAGUACAGGUAACCCAACAGAAGGCAGACAGACAGGAACUUGAAACACAAAUUACAAAAACUUUUUUUUAAAAGCCGUGCUGACAUCCUUUGACCUCAGCAGCCCCAGCACCCUUAGUAGAAGACCAGUCAGAGCCACUGCAGGGACUGCUGGGAGUUGCAGUUUCAAAUUCUAUUGGCUACUUUCACCAUCCCGGUUUUCUCUACAGCUGCUUCCUGUUCUCUCUACAGUACAGUAUUGCCACGAAAAAAGCCAUAAAAAUUGGGGAAGAUAUUUGCGUUUUCCGCUAACAUUUAUUAGUUAGGUUCUAAGGAAAAAUCCGCGAAUGACUGAGGUCGCGAACUUAGAACCGUGACUUUGUGGGGGUCUACUGUACUACAUAUAAAGAGUAAAGUGUUUUUCUUUAUAUUAUUCAUUUCAAUGGAAAUUUUCAAUUUUUAGAUUGUCUUAUACUGUCUUUAAGAUAUAUUUAUAUGUAUACAGUAUAUAUUAGGGCUGUCAAAGGUAAAGAAUUAUCAGAUGCGAUUAAAUUCAAAGGUAUAACAUUUUAUAUUUCCUUAAUUGCAUUUAGCAUGUUCACUGUUUGACACCCCUUUGCUGUCUAAGCAAAUGGUUUUCAAACUGGGGUCCACUGCCCUGGCAAGGUUGAAAUUAUUUUAAAAACUCAAUUCCAACUUUAAAGUUUGUCUUUUAAUUGCCUAGUUUUUAAAUAAAUAUAUAGGCAACAUAAACUGUUCAUCAAUUGUUACAUAAACGUUUAUUAGUGUAGUUAUACACAAUAGCAGCAGUCCUUCUAUCAGGUGGCAUGUGAGGAAACUAACACACAAACAAAAAAGAACAAAAACGGUUUAAAAAAGGGACUGUAAAAGACCGUUGGUUAUACAGAGGCCGACCCCAAAUUGCCAUGCUCAGCAGCACUUCAGUUCCACAGCUCAAUCUUAUUGUCCUCCUGCUGUGAGACUACACUAAUAUCUUGACCAUCCCCUUUCUCCUGUUCUGUGUUCACCACCUACUCACGUUAACUUCAAGGGAACAGCUCCAUUUGGCUUCUACACCUCUUUUCCAUGCACCAGGAUCAAUGGAUUCCCAUGAAAGAGAGUGUCUCAGGUAAUUGCUGUCUUUCUCACUCUAAACGCUCGCACAUGCAGGCUGCACAAGCAUGUCUGUGCCUUUCUCUUAUGUGGCCAGUCCUGCAGCAUUACAAGAUUUUUAGUUACUAAAAUAUGCAAAUCUUACAUUGCAUUAUAGUGUUAUUAAUAUUAAUGGACAGCGGAAAGCCUUUGCUUCAGACAGCUACCAAUGUUUGGUAGCCCUCAUUCUUUCUUUAAAAAUAAAUAUAGGAAUUGGCUGAAUUUAGAAGCAGAACUGUGCUUAAAGUUAUCAAAACUGGAACCCAACAUUGAUAUAAGGGUCCUAUAAAACUUAAAGACACCCAACUGUCACAGUUGACUUUUGAGUUAUUUUCCUCUUCUUUGACUGAAAGUCAUGUGUAACUUUAUUUUUUUCAUUCUUUUGAUCUGAAUUCAUUCUUUUGUAAAUUAAAAAUAUUGAAAUGUAAGGGUUUCUGUUUUAUAUUCUUUAUGAAUCCAUGUCACUGUUGUUACAUGAAAAUAAUUGAUUUAAAAGCAUUUGAUGCACAUAAGAAAAACUAAAAUCCAUACACAACCACACAAAAAAUUAUCUGUAAUCCCCAAAUGCGAUAUUAGGAGUAGUGGUGGGAGUUAACAAAUCUAGUCUAGUAAGAGUUCAGUACUUAACAAUUUAAGACUGAAAAAAAAUGGUAGAACUUCUAAAUAUUUAAUUUUCUGGAGGUGAAAUGCCAAAAAAGGUUUAAAACCACUGGCCUAGAGAUAUCAUGUGGUGUGUAAUCAAAUUAGGUGUCAAUAGUCUGUAGUAGAUGAGCAUUUGAUCUGAUUAAUAGGUCUACUCUUAUACAAAAGAACACAGUUUGAUUAAUGUUAGCAGUGAUCAAGAUCAAGAUUGUGCUGUGCACAACAGCAUUGGCUUUAUAUAAAUGGGGGCUCCGACUAGAUGGUAAAACAUUUUGGGGACCUCAUCUUAAAAGUUUGGGAACUCCUAAUCUAGACUAUUCCAUUAACUAUGUCUUAGAAUAACAACAUUAAUGAUAGUUACUUUUAAUUUAAAACUCUUCCAGAUGGUUCAAAGGACAACAUUGUCACAACUUGUAAACAUAGUGCAGGUAAAUUUAAAUAUGACAGAAGUACAACAUACUUGGCUUAUCACAUAAGAGUAAAACAUGCAUUAUGUUAAAAACUCGUAUGAUAGGCGGCAAAAUCUGUGGCAGUCGAUAAUUCAUGAAUGUACAACUUACCUUAUUUCCAUGAAUGAAGCACAAUUUAGAGUAUUAACUGCUAUUUAUUACAGAAUGGAUCUCAUCAGACUGCAUGCCACUAAAUAUAGUUGAUGAUUCAAGACUUGAGAAACAUCAUUCAGUACGGUCUGACAAUUCUUUCAUGGGACAGUUGUGUCACAUAUCAAGGAUUUAUAAAUGAAAGGCACAAGUCUUUGCAGUUUCACCAGCUAAGACAUUCUACAUUAGUGCCAUUCAAGGGGAGUGCUGGACAUUGCUGAACUACCUUGGUUAAACACACAAUUAAUCAAUCGACAUUAUGCAAUUGAUUGCAAUUAAAAAUUUUAAAGGUUCAACAGCCCUAUAUAUAUAUAUAUAUAUAUAUAUAUAUAUAUAUAUAUAUAUAUAUAUAUAUAUAUAUAUAUAUAUAUAUAUAUGUAGUUCUAAACACUAUAAUGUAGCAAUGACUUUACAACUUAACUUAAUAUACAGUGCUGCUUUAGUUUGGGAAGUGUUUUUCCUGUUUUUAAACGGUAAUUUUUGAUAUUACUUAAAAUCGUUUUAGAGGUUUGGUACAGAGUUUGUAUUGUAAAUAUGCUGUAAACAUAUUGCCAUUAUUCUAAACAAUAUUUAAAAAAAUGUCUAUGCAAUAUUGCACAUAAUGUAUAAGUAAAAACUAUAUUAAGCAGGGCCAAAACUAUUUAACUAAAGAAAUUAUGUAUAUUUUUUAUUGAGGGGUUUGCAUUUGUUCCAUUAAUUUUGUAAGUAGCAUGUCAAUAUUGAGAGUGUAAACUGUUUCCUCACUGCCUAUGCAAACAGUGUUGUUCCUUCAAUGAGCUGUUUUGGCUUUAUUUGUUUUCUUUAGCAAGAAUCAUAAUAAAGAAAAUGCUGACUAUUGUGUUUC